UAUAUGACAUCACUGCACGUGUGUAGACUUCAGUAAAAAUGAAACUGAACAGAUGAACUGGAAGCUUCUUAAAAACAACAUUUCUCUUCAGAAACUCUAAAAUUAACGAUCAAAUCGGAUAUUCACUCACAGUCAUGGCAUCUUCCAGUGGUUCAGCACUAAAUGAGGAGCUCCAGUGCUCCAUCUGUCUGGAAGUGUUCACUGAUCCAGUCACCACUCCAUGUGGACACAACUUCUGCAGAACCUGCCUGAGCAAAUGCUGGACGAACACACAGACCUGCUUCUGUCCACUCUGUAAAGAAACAUUCAGCAAAAGACCUGAUCUCAAGAUUAAUACAACACUCAGAGAGGUUGUGCAACACUAAGAAGUUUAAUCAGGAGAAUCUGAGGUGUUCUGUGACAUCUGUGAUGAAAGAAAGCAGAAAGCUGUGAAGACCUGCCUGACGUGUCAAAGCUCUUACUGUGAUGUUCAUCUGGAGCCUCAUCUCAGAGUCCCACGUCUAAAGAAACACAAACUCGUCAAUGCUGUGGAAAAUCUGGAUGAUUAUAUAUGCCAGAAACAUGAGAGACCUCUGGAGAUGUUCUGCAGAGAUGAUCAGACGAGUGUUUGUCUGUCCUGCACUGAAGGAGAACACAGGACUCACAACACUGUUCCUAUAGAGGAGGAGAGUCGAGAGAAGAAGAAUCAGCUGGUUCAGAGACAGACUGACGUUCAUCAGACGAUUGAGGACAGAAUGAAGAAGAUUCAAGAGAUCAAACACUCAGUAGAGCUGAGAAAGAGAAACACAGAGAAAGAGAAAUCCUCCAGAGUUGAGCUCUUCACUGAUCUGAUCCGCUCCAUUGAGAGAUGUCAGUCUGAGCAGCUGAAGAUGAUGGAGGAACAGCAGAAAGAAACAGAGAAACAGGCUGAAGAUCUCAUUAAAGAGCUGCAGCAGGAAAUCACUGAGCUGAAGAAGAGAAACACUGAGCUGGAGCAGCUCUCACACACUGACGAUCAUCUCCACCUCAUACAGAUGUGCUCAUCCCUGUCCAGUCGUCCACACACCAAGAACUGGACUGAGAUCCGGAUUGACUCUGAUGUGAAUGUGAACUCUCUGAAAAGAGCUCUGACUCAACUGAGGAAAACUCUACAUGGGAAACUAAAUGAAAAACUCAGUCAAACUGUGUCUUCAGGUUUGAAGUUUGUGCAGAAGUUUGCAGUGGAUUUGACUCUGGAUCCUGAUAUAGCUUAUCCAUGUCUCAUCCUGUCUGAUGAUGGAAAACAAGUCUGUGAAGGAGACAUUAUGAAGAACGUCCCAGAAAACCCAAAGAGAUUUGAUGAGAGUCCUUGUGUUCUGGCAAAGCAGGGAUUCAGUUCAGGGAGAUUUUACUAUGAGGUGCAGGUGAAGGGAAAGCCUGGGUGGGCUUUAGGAGUGGCCAGAGAAUCCAUUAACAGGAAGGGGGAGAUCUGGCUGAAUCCUAAGAAUGGAUACUGGACUGUGAUGCUGAUGAAUGAGAAUCAAUAUGAAGCUGCUGAUGAUCCACCUGUCUCUUUAUCUCUGAGAGUGAAACCUGAGAAGGUGGGAGUGUUUGUGGAUUAUGAGGAGGGUCUGGUCUCUUUUUAUGACGUGGACUUCAGAUCUCAUAUCUACUCUUUCACUGGUCAGACUUUCACUGAGAAUCUCUAUCCAUAUUUUAGCCCAUAUCAUAAUGAUAAAGGUAAAAACUCAAAGCCACUGAUCAUCACACCUGUCAACUGAAACAAACAAAAAACAUCAAAUCUGAAAAGAUUAAAUAUGGAUGUGAUGUUUUCAGAAUAUGUAAAUGAAAACCAAAAAACAAUUUGCACAAACCACAAUCAAGUACAUUUUACUUGUGAUUAUAAGGAAAUUAAUAUAGACAAAAUAUAAUAGACAAAAUGUGUACAAGUGCAAAAAAAAAAAAAAAAAAAAACUAAAAAAACAACAACAAAAAAACCUGUAUAUUUAGGCCCUUUAAAAAAAUCAGUCAGCUGUGAAGUAAAAAAAAUUGAAGUAAAAAA